CUAAUCCGCGUAGGUUUCUUUUAGUAGGUCAAGGCGAGAAGUAGCAUGAAAUGUCAUCCCAAGCAGAUACAGUGGCGUACACUGCAAAACGAAACAGUGUUUCCGCAGCACCAAGGUUCAACAUCAGAUACAAAAACCAAGGGUGGAUUCCUUUUUCAACCCCAAGUUCCAAAUACAUAGGUACAACGAGAAUGCGGCCAAGCCAGCAGAUGGAACAUGCACCGAGUGCUCCAGCUCCUCCUCCUAUCCAGCACCAGACACUGCAGCAGAACGCUCGCAAGAAGUCAAACUGUGUAAAGGAGGUGGAGAAACUGCAGGAGAAGAGGGAGAGGAGGCGCAUGCAGCAGCAGGAGCUCAAAGAGAAGAGAGCACAGGAUGUAGAUGCAUCAAAUCCUAAUUAUGAAAUUAUGUGCAUGAUCCGAGACUUCAGAGCCAGUCUGGACUACAGGCCAUUGACUAAUGCUCAUAUGAUUGAAGAGCACAGUAUAUGUGUGUGUGUCCGUGCGCGGCCGCUUAAUAGAAAAGAGAUGAGCUUAAAGGAUUUAAAUGUCAUCACAAUUCCCAGUAAAGACGUUGUCAUGGUACACGAACCAAAACAAAAAGUGGACUUAACGAGAUACCUCGAGAACCAGACCUUCCGCUUUGAUUAUGCAUUCAAUGAUACCACCACAAAUGAAAUGGUUUACAGUUUUACUGCCCGGCCGCUUGUAGAGACCAUAUUCGAGAGGGGAAUGGCGACGUGCUUUGCCUACGGACAAACAGGAAGUGGUAAAACUCAUACGAUGGGUGGAGAUUUUUCUGGGAAAAAUCAGGAUUGCUCUAAAGGGAUCUACGCACUGGCAGCACGAGAUGUUUUUCUAAUGCUUAAGAAGCCAAACUACAUAAAAUUAGACCUUCAAAUUUACGCCACCUUCUUUGAAAUUUACAGUGGAAAGGUGUUUGACCUGCUGAACAGGAAGGCGAAGCUGCGAGUUUUAGAGGAUGGCAAGCAGCAGGUGCAGGUUGUAGGACUGCAGGAACGAGAGGUUCAUUGUACAGAGGACGUCCUCAAGCUCAUAGAAAUGGGCAACAGUUGCAGGACAUCUGGGCAGACCUCAGUCAACGCACACUCAUCUCGCAGCCACGCUGUAUUCCAGAUCAUUCUGCGAAGGGGAGGCAAAAUGCAUGGCAAAUUUUCCCUCAUAGACUUGGCAGGCAAUGAACGAGGGGCGGACACAUCCAGCGCCGACCGCCAGACUCGCCUCGAAGGGGCUGAGAUCAAUAAAAGUUUACUGGCUCUGAAGGAAUGCAUCAGAACCUUGGGCCGCAACAAGCCUCACACUCCGUUCCGAGCCAGUAAGCUCACGCAGGUUCUGCGAGACUCUUUCAUUGGUGAGAAUUCGCGAACAUGCAUGAUUGCCACCAUCUCUCCAGGCAUGGCAUCAUGUGAAAACACCUUGAAUACACUGAGAUAUGCCAACAGAGUAAAGGAGCUUACUAUCAACCCGGGUGCAGUAGGAAGAACAAGUGGAGGCCUUCAAGUGAACCAGCUGGACGUGUUGGAGCCACAGUGGGGAGUGGGCAACUCUCCUCAGAGAGACGAUCUUAAACUACUGUGUGAACAAAAUGAGGAGGAGGUCUCUCCACAGCUUUUAACCUUCCAUGAGGCUGUGUCUCAGAUGGUGGAGAUGGAGGAGCAGGUUUUGGAGGACCACAAAGCUGUGUUUCAGGAAUCAAUACACUGGCUAGAAAAUAUGAAGAUUCUAAUAGAAAUGACUGAGGAAGUGGACUAUGAUGUGGAUUCUUAUGCAAUACAUCUGGAGCAAAGUUUGGAUCAGGAGAUUGAAAUCUUAACAGAGUUUAGAGAUAAAGCGAAGGCAUUUAGGUCUGCACUUCAGGAGGAGGAACAAGCCAGUAAGCAGAUCAACCCCAAACGGCUCUCUAACAACUCAAAAAAGGAUGAAAAAAGUGGCUAAAAGAGGACACUGCAGAUCUCUGGGUUUUCAGCAUUGCAAUCUCAUCUAACUGAAACUGUUAGUGUCUUUAAAAUUUUAAAGAGCUUUUGGCCUAAUUGUAUAGUAUUAAAACAAAUUCCAGUUCUAACUAAAAGUGAAAUUUAUAAUACCAUACAAUUUAAUAAAGGCCGCAAUGCAAUGUAAAAGACUGAACAAUUGUGAAAAGAGAGUUUGAAAAAAUUGCAUGUGCACAGUCUUUGCAUGUGCAUCAGGGUCUCUGCAUUUUCUGUUUUCUAAAAACAUUAAAACAUUCCCACAUAUUCUAUAAAGUUGUUUUCCAUCUCAACAUAGCUAAAGCAUAAGUAAAUGAGAAUGUUAUAACUACGUACAUUUUUAAUAGGCAACCUAUGCAUGGUCAUUUCUAUUAAAAUGUUCCUUCAAACAUAAA